ACUUGGAAUUUUUUUAUACAGACUGGUGGAAGUGCAAGAAAUAAAAUUUUCUUAUAUUUUUCUUUGCUUUUAAUUUCAAUAUGUUUUGGUCAUCCUCCAUAGAAUAAUUUUCCAUUGUAGCGUGAGCACCGCGCUCAUGAAAUUACAGUGCAAUCUUAAACUUAGAGAGUAAAUCAUGAGUGAAAAAUCAGGGUUGGUGUAGAGAAUUUUUCAGUUUCACCAUAUGGUAACACUGGAAGUAGACACGAAAGAAAUAUUUGCCGGGUGUGCUGAUGUCCUUUUUCGGGUGAAGCCAACUCAUUUGCCAUCCGGCGAUCGCAGGAAUCACAAGUUAGGAUGUGGCACGAGGCCAGAAAACAAGAGCGCAAGAUACGUGGCCUUAUCGUCGACUAUCGCAAAAGGGCGGAGCGUCGGCAGUACUUUUAUGACAAGAUCCAGGCGGAUCCCACCCAGUUCCUGCAGCUGCACGGCCGGAGAAGCAAGAUCUAUUUGGAUCCUGCGGUGGCCGCCGCCGGCGAUGGAGCCGCAAUCAUUGUGCCUUGGCAGGGUCAGCAGGAUAACCUCAUUGACCGCUUUGAUGUGCGUGCCCAUCUGGAUCAUAUACCCCCCGUGACAAAGAACACUGCCGACGGAGGGGAAGUCGAUUCCGACCUAAGCACCGAGGAGCGCCAACUGAACUAUGAGCGUUAUCGCAUCCUAGCGCAAAACGAUUUCCUUAACGUCAGUGAGGAUAAGUUUCUGCAUCAACUCUAUCUGGAGGAGCAGUUCGGAGCCAAUGCGCAGCUGGAGGCGGAGCGAAAUCUGGCUAAGAAAAAGCAGAAAACGGGUGGUGCCACCAUUGGGUACUCCUAUGACGACGCUAGCGAUGGGGCCGCCAUAGGGCCGCAGCCUUUUGGAGCUGCUAGUUCAACUGUCAGUGGAGGAGCGGCAGGUGCUGCUAAGGGCGAUAAAGCGGAUGGCAGUGAUGAAUCCGAUUCGGACAUUGACAUGGAUGUGUCCAUAGACAUCGGUAAGCUUGACACCUCGCAAGCCCAUGAGCUUAACGCCUGCGGACGCAACUAUGGUAUGAAGAGCAACGACUUUUUCUCACAUCUAACAAAGGAUGCAGAUGAGGCCGACGCCUUGCGCAUUGCCCGCGAGGAGGAGCAAGAAAAAAUGCUGCUAAGUGGGCGAAAGUCGAGACGCGAACGACGGGCCCAAAAGGAACGAAGAAUCGCCAACAGACCUUUCAGUCCGCCCAGUUAUGCAGCCAAGGAGGACAAAGACAAGAAGGGCGGCGGCAAAGGCGGCGACAAGGAAAAGGAGGAGGACAGCGACUCCCGUUCUCCCUCGCCUGCAGAGGCGGGGCCAGAGAAGAUCACCUAUAUUACCUCAUUUGGCGGCGAGGAUGAGAUGCAGCCGCACUCAAAGAUCACUAUUAGCCUUACAAAGCCGGGCCUAACAUUGGGUGAGUCGUGCAUCAAUGCCAGUAGCGGAGCAGCCAUUGCCGCCGCCGCCGCAGCCUCAUCGGUUUCCUAUGCCCAAAAAGUGAAAGACAAUCUUGACAAGUUGAAGGUGAUGAAUGAAUCGGCCAAGCGCAGCAGACGCCGUUCUCGUUCGCACUCCCGCUCUCGUUCAAGAAGUGGCUCUGCCUCUAGGAGUCGCAGUGGCAGUCGGCGGAGAAGUCGACGCAGUCGUAGCUAUCACAGACGGAGCAGGACGCGGUCUCGUCGUUCCCGUCGAAGGUACUAUUCCAGAUCUAGAUCAAGGUCGCGAUCCAGAUCACGUUCCAGGUCAAGAUCUAGGUCUCGGUCUCGCACUCAUUCGCGCUCUGGUUCAUGGAAACGUUACAAGACGCGCAGCCCCAGCUACAAGCGAUCUAGAAAGCGCUACUCCUAUUCAUCUCGCAGCUCCAGCGCCAGCUCGUACAGACGAAGGAGUCGCUCCCGUUCGCACUCCAGUCGAAGGAGUCGCGUCAAAAAGAAGAUGACACCACCGCCAGCGGCAACAGUGGCUUCUUAUUGUCUAAGCACCACCACCACUACAACCACAUCCACAUUGACGGCGGUAAAGCUCCUUCAGCAGCAACAGCAUCCGCAGGCCAAAGCCACGCCACCUAUGAUCAGCUAUCCGUUGCCAGCGCGAGUACUCAAUCAAAACCAAUCUGGGACGGCUGCCGCUCCCGCUCCAGCUGCUGUACAACCGCAAGUGGUGGAGCCGCCACCACCGCCAUUAAAACGGUACUACGGUCGGAAAAGAGCUAAUGACACUUCAUCAUCAUCGUCGGGAGCGGAAAAUAGCGAAGCCAGCGACAACGAGGAGCAGCAACAGCCACAGUUGGGAAAGCGGGUGGAAGAUUCCGAUGAAAUGGAAGUGGACACUGCGUCAGAGCGUUCCCAUGCCAUCCAGCCAACCAUGUCGUCAUCGAGCAGCACGGGUAAUCAAACAGGCAAAUAUAGUUCUGCUACCGAAACCAAAGGUUCUGGACAUCCAAGUUCUGGUGGCGGACGACCGAAUUUGCGCGAGCGGCUUAAGCGAAAGAUGCAGAAUCUAUUAAACCGGCAAUAUAAAGCCGAUAAGCGUGCGGAAAUCGAGAAGUCCGAGCGGGAACGACUGCAACAGCAGGAGCGUGAGGACGAGAUGCGUGAGUUGGCUUUGAAGCUGCGCAGGAGGCGUCGUGAGCUGCGUCACAAGUAUGGAACGCCCUCAAGCGGCAAGCUGUCAGGUAGUGAAGCGGAAUCAAUUGCCUCCGAGAGCCAGAUCACAAAGGCCUCUUCGCGCCGCAGUCGCAGCAGAUCGCACAGUCGUAGGCGGACUCCUCCGCCGGAUACACAGCACAGUAGGCGAAGCAGUAGUCGAACGGAACGGCGGCGCCGCACAAGGACGCCCAGUCCCAAGUACAACCGUAGGCAGCGUUCGCGUUCUAGAAGCGGCAGUCGCGUGGAGCGGAAGCAACGUUCCCAUAGUCGUCGACGUAGUGGCAGUCGAGAUCGACGACGUUCCCGCAGCCGGCGAAGUCAAUCUCGCCGACGGAGGCAAAGGGACCGCAGCGUGGAGCGAAAUCGCGAGCGGGAAAGAUACAAGCAACAGCAUCAGCAACAACAACAGCAGCAGCAACACGAUAGGAUACGGGUACGCGAUCGAGAUCGUGAUGCGGAUUACAGUCAUGGCGGCAGUGGAUCUUCAAAUCGAGGUCGUGUCGUCAUCUCCGCCCCGCCAAAGCUCAAGAAACUAGUUGACUAUUGAACCCGAAAGCGCUGUGAAGGAGACUCUUUUUCUAUUCGCUUGAUUAUACAUUUGAUAUUCGCUCGAUUGUUUAUAGAUUUAGGAAUUAUUUCUGGAGCGUGUUCUGCGUUAACUGUUGAUUCUGGCCCCAAUAAAAUAAUUUAAGCCCUUAA